AUGGCUGACCCUGAAUCAACAAAGCUUGCCCCCGAGGCCCUUAUCUCCAAGUUCCAAGUGGAAAAGCUCCUCAAACAGGACCAACAUGGCCGCCGAAUUUCCCUCCUGGGCACAAUUGAUGGAGAGCAGGGCAUCCUAACUGCUGAGCGUGCUGCCUUUGCCACAGAAUCUCUCUCGGUGCUUCAAGCCUUCCAUGCCGCAAUUACACGGGUCAACAAUCUAGGUGAUAACGAUAUCUAUCGUUGGUACCUCGCCUCAUCCAAUGGCAAAAGCACAGCCGAUCAGGCCCCUACCCCUGCCGAAGCAGCAUCGUAUAUUCCGCCUCAGCAAGAUCUCAAACUAAACCUCAUCUGGCCAUGCACAGCAUCCCACAUCAAGAAGUACUCCGACCAGCAGCUGCGCAUGGUCACCGAGACUCCGGCCAUCUACCGUGACCAUGUCCGUCCGUAUAUGCAAGAAAAGCGCGAGGAAGGGCGGUUGAACUGGGUGUUUAACAUUCUUGAAGGACGCACCGAACAAGAAGAUGUCAUCAUGCGAGAUGAUGGACAAGGCCCCGACGAUGCUUUCUUGAUGCUGCCCGAUCUCAAUUGGGACCGCAAGACAAUGGGAUCGCUGCAUCUGUUGGCACUUUUGCACAGACGCGAUAUUUGGAGCUUGCGUGACCUGAAGAAAAGUCAUGUACCUUGGUUGAAGUACUUACGGAAGCGUGUUCUCGAAGCCACGGUCUCCAUGUAUCCAAAUUUGGAGGAAGACCAAUUGAAGCUCUAUGUUCAUUAUCAACCGACCUACUACCACUUCCACGUUCACGUGGUGAAUGUCAUGCUUGAGGCUGGUGCAACACAGGCUACUGGUAAAGCAUUUGGAUUGGAGAAUCUGAUCUCGCAGCUCGAGACUUUGACUGGAGGGGAGGAUGCCAGCUUGGCGGAUGUGGACUUGUCAUACCAUUUGGGAGAAGCAAGUGAGCUGUGGACAGGCAUUUUUGGGCCCUUGAAGGAGGGAAAAGAACCCGGCCAAUAG